CAACACCAAUCACUAGUCCGCAGCAACCCCACUUUCGAACACUCCUUUUUCAUCAAGUGGAGAUGAGAUAAGAUAAUUGACUAGAUAGAAACUUCUUGCAUAAAGUUCUUGCAUCUUUCUCCAUUGAUUUCCAUUGGUAAAAUCAUGCCAGAGACAAUGGAAAAAGUUGAACAAAAAAUCCCUGAAAUAGUAGUGUUAAAUUCAGGCCACAAAAUGCCAGUGGUGGGCUUAGGAUGUGCCGCACAUCCUUUGCCACCAUUAGAGCAAUUAGUAUCAACUUUUAUUGAUGCAAUGGAGAUUGGAUACAGGCAUUUCGAUACAGCAGCAUGCUAUGGCACAGAGGAGGCCCUUGGUAGAGCUGUGGCUAAAGCACUAGAGAUUGGAUUAAUUAAGAGCAGGGAUGAAUUGUUCAUCACUUCUAAACUUUGGUGUACUGAUGCUGAUCAUGACCUUGUUCUGCCUGCCCUCAAACAAACUCUUGGGAAGUUGGGGCUAGAGCAUUUGGAUCUUUAUUUGGUUCACUGGCCAGUGAGGGUAAACCACGGUGCUGAGAAGUUCAAUUUCGCCAAAGAUGAAAUUCUCCCUUUUGAUAUCCAUGGAACGUGGCAGGCCAUGGAAGAAUGCACCAAAUUAGGUUUGACAAAGUCCAUCGGUCUGAGCAACUUCACUUGCGAGAAAAUCUGUAAACUUCUAGAAAUUGCUACCAUCCCCCCAGCAGUUAAUCAGGUAACAUUUCUUUCUUCUAUUGAAAAAAAAAAUGGUUGGAUUCAAGAUAAAUGGCAAGUUUUGAGACUCUGA